AAAGUGAAGUUGUGGGGUGACUCUAUAUGGAAUUGGGACCUUUGGGGUUGGGGAAAUUUGUCACUCUACUGUAACAGCUGCAAAUUGGUUGGGAACAACCAAGCUUGGUUGGCAAGGGUGGCCAACUUGGUUGGAUUGAGCGAUAUUAAGGACAUUAAGAGGAGUCUACAGAAGUUUGAAGACCCUUCUAGACCCACCAUGGUCUGUGGGUGUGCCUAAGUGGUGUUCUAAAGGUUGGAUGUGUCUUCCGCUAAGGGGAAACUCUGCCGAAAUUUCGUGGACGCCGACACUUGUGAAAAUAUCAAGGGAGCUGAGUGUGGACAGCAAAGGGGAGCUGAAAUUCGUCAUUUCUCAAGGAGAAGAUGAAUGAGAGAGGAGGAGAUGCUAAUGGAAGAGGAGCUGUACCUGAGAAGACAAGUGAGCCGCCACCAUCAAAAGUUGAAGCUUUGGAUGGCUCCAACUAUGAGGAAUGGAGCGGGCGGAUGAGGAGUGCCUUCAAACGCUACAAGCUACUGAAGAUUGCUGUUGGGGAGGAGAAGAUGCCGGAAGAAGGCGAAGCACGUGAACGGUGGAUUGAGAAAAGCACGGUGCUUUUCCACCUCAUCCUUCAAUCGAUCAACAAGGAGAUGUUCGAGCACAUCAAGGAUCUUGUGGAAGCGGAUGAUUCGGGUCCAAGGGCGUGGAAACUACUACGCGAUGUGAUUCAGCCCAACACUCUUCCAAUGGUGAUCGUGCUCGAGAAGGAACUUGCUGCCAUCUCCAUGCAACCAGGGGACGAUGUGAAGCCGGUCCUUGACAAGAUCAAGGACACCUAUGCAAGGAUGGCAGCAGCGGGCAGCAAUUUGCUUGAUGAGGUAAAACCCUCUGGGAAGAUUAAGUAUGUGGCAGCAGCGUCAGGUGCUUUGCUCCCUGUGAUUGGUGUUGGAAAUGCCAAGGUUAAGGGAGCUAAUGGGGAGCUUGUGGGGCUUGGGAAUGUUCUGUUAGUUGAAGGUUUGUCUGCUAACCUUCUCUCUGUGCGACGACUGCAGAAGAGCAAGGCCGAAGUGACCUUUGGACCAACCAGCUGCCGUGCUAAGCUUGGGAAGAAGGUGUUGUGGAGUCUGGAAGAGGAGACCAGCUGCAUCAAGGACCUGUGGCAGCUGCCCAUCAUCCCUUGGAAUGGGAAGGCUCCAACAGCAGCAACGGCAGCAGCAGCAAAGGCAACAGCUGGAGGAGAUGCAACUGCACCAACUGAUGGGGUCCUGGAAGCAGUCAAGAAAGCGCAGCAGCAGCAGAUACAUGGUGAGGUGCUUGCUGGUGUGGAUGCGAGUGCGGCAUGGGCUAAGGCUUCAUUAAGGAGUGGAGAGGCCGAUUGGGAGACAUGGCAUGAGAGGCUGUGUCAUGUGAACUUCCCUAUGCUGCAGAAGUUGGUGAAGGAUGGGAGCCUGAAGGGAUUGGAGGUGAAAGGGGGAGUGAAGGAGAUUGGGAGCUGCCCUACAUGCUUGGAGACCAAGUUCUCCAAGUUCCCCUUCAACAGCACUACAGGACCAGCCAAGACCCCACUUGCACUUGUGCACAUGGAUGUGGUGGGGCCCACAACAGCCCCUUCCCUCUCAGGCAGCCGCUAUUUCUUGACAAUUGUGGAUGACCACACUCAGGCAGUGUGGGUUUACCCUUUGAAGAGCAAGGGGGAGGUGGCAGCGGCUGUCCUUAAGGAGUGGAUGCCUAGAGCUCAGAGGGAAUGCGGACACAAGGUGAAGGUGAUCCGCAGUGAUAAUGGUGGGGAGUUCACUGGAGCUGAUUUUGAGGGGGAGUUGAAGAGGAAGGGGAUCCAACAUCAACUGACAGUGCCCUACAACCCGCAGCAGAAUGGCGUGGCUGAGAGGUUCAACAGGACCCUGCAAGAGGGGGCACGCACUCUCCUUGGGCGUGCAGGGCUGCCUGAUCCCUUUUGGGUGUCUGCACUGAGGCAGGUCGCACUUGUGAAGAACAGGGUGCUGGCUACAGUUGGGGAUAAGGAGUGGAUCCCAUAUGUCAAGUGGUAUGGGAGUGCUCCAGCUGUGAAUAUGCUGAGGGCAUUUGGGUGCAUGGUGGUGUUUCAUGUGCCCAAGGAGAAAAGGGGGAAGUUGGAGGCUUCUGGAAGAUGGGGUGUGCACUUGGGGAUUGCAAAGGAUCACAAGGGGUGGCUGCUAUGGGAUUUGACCACACAAAAGCUGACAGUGUCAAGAGAUGUGAAGUUUCUUGAGUCCCUGUACUACAAGGAAUGGAAGCAGCAGCAACAGAAGCUUCCAUCUACACGGCUCAUUGUUGAGGCAGAUGAGGUGCAGCGGCCUUCAAGACAGGUGGAGGUUGCAGUGUCUGAGGAGGAGAUGUCUUGGGUGACUGAGGAAGGGGGAGCAGCUGAAGUGGAGCAGCAACAACAGCAGCAUGAGUCUCCACCUCGAGUUCCACACCUGCCUGAGCGACCUAGGAGGGAUGUGCGCCCUCCAGUGAGGCUGACCUAUGGGGGAAGAGGCAAGCCGAAUGUUGUGCAGGCUGGGAGUGUGGUUGAGCAGAUUGAGGAAGAUGAGAUCGCUCACUGCUACUGGGCACCAAUCCCUGAGCCCAAGACUCGAGAGGAGGCCUUGAAUGGACCAAAUGGGGAGAACUGGAAGGCGAGUGAGGAUGAGGAGUUCGGGUCUCUGAUUGAGAAUGAGACAUGGGACCUGUGUGACUUGCCUCCUGGGAAGAAGGCAAUCACUUCCAAGAUGAUCUACAGGCACAAGUAUGGACCUGAAGGGGAGCUGACCCGCUACAAGUCUAGGCUUGUGGCACGGGGGUUUCAGCAGACAAAGGGGAAGGACUAUGAUGAGGUGUUUGCUCCUGUGGGGAAAGGAACAACACUGAGGGUGCUGUUGGCGAUAGCUGCACUCCUGGGAUGGAAGAUACGGCAGAUGGACAUUGUGACUGCCUUUCUGAAUGGGAUCAUUCUGGAGGAGGUGUACAUCAAGCAGCCAGAGGGGCUGGAUGAUGGGAGCGGCAGGGUCUGUAGGCUGAAGAAGGCCAUCUAUGGCCUUAAGCAGGCGCCUCGUGCAUGGUAUCACAAGUUGGAGGAGGCGCUGUUGGCUGGGGGUUUCAAGACGAGUGAGUGUGAUCCCAGCCUGUUCCUGCUGCAGGAGAAGGAUGCAAUCCUCAUGCUUUUGGUGUAUGUGGAUGAUAUCCUUCUCUUUUCUGCAUCAACUGCUUUGCUGGACAGCGCAGAGCAGGUGCUGGAGAUGCAGUUCAAGUGUUCCAAGAAGGGUGUGCUGAGGUUGCACCAGAGGAAGUACUGUGAGGGGCUGGCUGAGAAGUAUGGGCUGCAAGAUGGGGGAAAGCCAGCAACACCGCUACCUUCGGGGUUCACUGUGGAGCCAUGUGCUGAUCAGGUGGUAGUGGGUGAGAGUGACAGGAAGCUGUUUCAUUCGAUGGUUGGGUCGCUGAAUUAUGCUGCAAAUGAUACACGGCCUGACAUUGCAUUUGCUAUAUCACGGUUGGCUAGUGUGGUCUCACGCCCUAGUCAUGAGCAGCUGGAAGCGGCCAAGAGGUUGGUCCGCUAUGUGACCGCUACGGCAUCAGUGGGAUUGGAGUACAGUGGAGUGAGGCAGCGGUUGCAAAAAGGUGCUGCAGAUGUGAAAAGUGGUGAGAUGCUCUUGAGUUGCUAUACUGACGCUAGCUUCAACGCAGUGAAAGCGGAUGGCACCAGCAUUGGGGGUUAUGUGUGCUUGCUAGGAGGUGGUGCUGUGAGCUGGCGCAGCAAGAAGCAGAAUGAGGUGGGAUUGUCCUCAUGUGAGACUGAGUACAUGGCCUUAUACCAUGGGGUCAAGAAAGUGGUGUGGCUGAGGCGCUUGUUGGAGGAGUUGGGAGUUGGUCAGGAGAAGCCGACAGUUGUGUUUUGUGACAAUGAGUCUGCUGUGAAGCUCGCCAAGAAUGCUUGUUUGCAUGGGCUGACAAAACACAUAAGGCCUAAGUGGCAUUGGGUGAGGAGACUCCUUGAUAAGGAGGUGCGGCUGGAGAUAGUGAAGACCCAUCAGCAAGCAGCAGAUAUUUUCACUAAGCGUCUGGCGGAGGCGGAUCAUUGGAAGGGCAUGAAGCUUGCUGGGAUGAGUGUGCAUUGAGUAUGCAUGCUUGAGAUGUUGGUAUGGUGGAUGAUGGUUGGCAGCCAGAGGGGGGGAUUGUUGUGUGAUGUCAUCAUAUGCUAUCACAUUCUGUCUGCCUCCCAUCCCUUGUUUCAAUUCGCAUGUAUGG